AUGGGUUGUUUGGGAUUGAAAAGGUUGCUUGGAAAGAAGCCAACGCACGAAAAACAUGUUCAACCAGCAAACACGGCGGUUGCAAACGGGGCAGUUGGUCCUCGGCCAGCUCAACAAGAUCGGCCUGUGAAGUCAACCAAUGCUUCUCUCAGCAAGGAAACACCGGCCCGUGAUGAAUCGCUCUGGGACCAGGCGUAUAAGAAUCUCGAUCCAGGCUUGGUUGAAAAAUAUGAAGAAUUAUUGGCAAAACAAAGACAGGAGAUUAAUGAUAAUUCUUGCAAGAAUGGAACCAACCGCCAACAAGACUUGGACAUCAUCAUCAAUCACGGGCUUCAUCAGGCAGAAAUCCAAAGGACGGGUGUUCAGGAAGGCUUGGCCCAAGCUGCAAGCUGGAUUUUGUCCGUGAAAGACUUCAUUGGAGAAGCGGUCAAGGCAUCGCCAGAAGCGUCGUUGGCAUGGGCAGGGGUCUGCAUUGUCCUGCCAUUGCUGACGAACCCCCAGAGUGCGGCACAGGCCAACAAGAGUGGAUUCACGUAUGUCACCGGUCGCAUUCGCUAUCAUGUCGAACUGGAGCGGAUUUUGUGGUCAACUUCCAGCCCGAGCUCGGAUCAUACGGGGCUGAAAGAACAAUUCAAUGCCAACAUUGUCAAGUUGUACCAGGAAAUCCUGCACUUUGAGGUCAAGAGUGUUCUGCGCUUUCAUCGCAGCUGGCAGCGAAACUUCGCUGGUGAUAUCUUCCAACCGGAAGAUUGGAACGGCAUGGUUUCCUCGAUCAAAGAUCUCGAAAAUUUGGUCCAGCAAGAUGCUGCCACCAUUAGCACCGAGGUAUCCCGACGGCAUCUAAACGAAGUGGAACAAAGUACUCGCCACAACUUUGAGUCAAUGCAAAAGCUUCUUCCAUUGGCACAACGGCACCUUGAAGUGGAUAUCGAGGCUCUCAACCUCCAACGCCAGAUGCAUGAGGAAGCAUUGUCGGUCAAGGAACAAGAAUGUAGGCAGCUUUUCCGCCUGGCCAGAAACGAGGAGGACUCAUCCUAUGAAUUGUACAAGAGCCGAGUUGACGAUCGGCUCGAGGGCACCUGCGAAUGGUUUCUAGAACAGCCCCAUUUUAACCAGUGGCUGGACAAUGAUAGAGGGCUUUUGAUCGUUUCAGCAGAUCCUGGUUGUGGCAAGUCUGUUCUUGCCAAGCAUCUCAUCGACAAUGUGUUGUCCCAGUGCAAUCCAUCCGCCACGAUAUGCUACUUUUUUUUCAAAGAUGGAGACCAGAAUACACAGAAGCAAGCUAUCUGCGCAUUGCUGCAUCAGAUCUUCACGAACAAGCCUGAAUUGAUCAAGCUUGCAAUGAACGUAAUCAAUGACAACGGGCAGGAAACCGUCAACGUGGUUACUAAGCUCUGGGAUAUCUUUUCCCGGGUCAUCAAGGACCCUGCUAUGGGACAAACCAUCUUUGUGUUGGAUGCGCUAGAUGAAUGCAAGGAAUCCGAAUUAGUUGACCUGACAGACAACAUUAAGUUCGUUCAAAACGAUGGUGAAACCAGGGCUAGGUUCUUCGUGACCAGCCGACCGUACGAAAAUAUCAUAUUGGAAUUCCAAGAGCUCUUUGAUCAUUCUCCCCAUAUUCACAUACCGGGCGAAAAUGAAUCCGACAAGAUUAGCCAAGAAGUGAACAUCGUCAUCAAACAUCGUGUUGAGCGCCUGGCUCGAAAGAAGCGUCUCUCUGCCCCCAUCCAGAGCUACCUGGAAGAGCGACUACUUCGAAUGGAGCACCGGACAUACCUUUGGGUCCAUCUUGUUUUUGAAUACUUCGAAACACAUAGCUUUCAAAAAGUCAAAAAAGGGAUUGACAGGGUUUUCAUCGAUAAGCUCCCCAAGGACGUCAACGAUUCAUAUUGCAAGAUCCUUAGUAAAUCUGAGGACAUGGACAUGGCGCGAAAGGCCUUUUGCAUUAUGCUGGCUGCAUCCCGCCCCUUGACGUUGACGGAGAUGAACAUUGCUGUCAAUCUAGACCUUGACUCAGAUGAGCUGGAUCUAGAAUCGGACGAAGACUUUCAGGCCUCGUUGCGAAGCUGGUGUGGUUUACUUUUAUCAGUGAAUAACAAGAAGGUGUUCUUCCUACACCAAACAGCGCGAGAAUUCCUGGCGCAGAAAAAUGGCUUUGGUCGCUGCAGCGAACGUGGCCCGAUUGAUUCAAAUGAGGCACAUGGCGUCCUUGCCAUCAGCUGCAUCACAUAUAUCGACAAGUUCAUGCCACGGGCUCAUCAGACCAACUCAGCAGAAGAUCUAACUUCGAUUAAUAUAAAUCUAGACUUCUCCAAAUAUUCUGCUGACGGGUGGUCUUCCCAUAUCCGGGCUGCAGCACUGGAAGAUGACCAGGACCUGGAGCCAAUCCUCACCAGAAUCUGUGAUCCAAAAUCCGAUGUCUUUGCCUCUUGGUGCGGCGCUGAGCGCGGGGCCCCGGGGGAAGAAACCCGCAAUACAUUGUGGAUGGCCGCCAACUUCGGCCUGACUUCGGUUGUUAAGAGAAUCCUUCAGGACGAGGAGAUCGAAGACGCUUGGAAUAAGUUGGAACAAAGGAUUUCCCACGUCGCUGCAACCUGUUGUAAUUUCGAGGUCCUAAAUCUCCUGCUUGACUGUGGGAAACUAGACUGGGAUAUGAGGGACAAACUUACUAAUACUCCGUUGUUCCGCGCCAUACUCUCAAAACAUGUAGCAAGCGUGCGAUGCUUGCUUAAUAGUGGUAAAGCUGAUGUCCGCGACGGAUGCUACGAAGGCACACCCUUGAUCUGCGCAUUGAAGUUCUCAAGCGACGAAAUGGUCGAAUUUCUCGUUCAUACCGAAGGUAUCGAGGUGAAUGGACUCUGGUGGGGAAACAACGCGCUCGCAGUGGCAGUGCGCGAAAGGAGAUAUAAAAUGGUGAAGCUACUGCUUGAUAUGGAGGCGGUAGAGACGAACCCAUCUGAAGGCAUAACACCACUGUUUGAGGCGGUCAUGCAGGAUGACGAGGCCAUGGUCAGGCUGUUACUAGAUUCAGGAAGGAUAGACCUGAAUCAGCAGUGUGAGAUAGGUCUUAUAACAGGCACAGCUUUGAUGUUUGCCCGAUUCUAUGGGUUCCAUAGAAUAGCGGAAUUGCUCGUUAAGGCUGGCGCGGUUGAAUAG